AUGGGAUCAGUAUCGACUAAUCUCGCAGACGCUAUCGAAAGGCUCGAUCAGCUCUUCUCGGUGAAUCAGAAAACGCUCAAAGAGAUAUGUCAACGUUUCCAGGAGGAACUCGAGGAUGGACUUGCUGCGAAUGGCCGCAAUAUCCCAAUGAAUGUCACCUGGGUGCAGGCUCUCCCCACUGGCAAGGAGACUGGGUCAUUCUUGACCAUCGAUCUUGGCGGAACAAACAUCCGAAUCUGCUGGAUUACCCUUACUGGCGGUAGUGUUGACGCUAAGAUCAAGCAGCAGCAGUAUCAAGUCGGAGAUGGAAUCAAAUCCGGCAAUGCAGAGGAGUUGUGGGAUUUUGUGGCGGGCUCACUAGAGGCGUUCAUCAGAGACCAGAACCUAGACGGAUCCCAGGGGGAUCCCUUACCGCUUGGAUUUACAUUUUCAUACCCUGCUUCACAAGACAAGAUUGAUCACGGUGUGUUGCAAACUUGGACCAAGGGCUUCGACAUCAAAGGUGUUGAGGGCAAAGACGUAGUUUUGCAGCUGAAAGAUGCGAUGCAGAAGAAGAAGUUGCCUGUGAAGCUUGUAGCGUUAGUCAACGAUACAACAGGUGCUUUGAUUGCUUCUCAUUACAGCGAUAGCGAGACCAUAAUAGGAGCAAUCUUCGGCACGGGAUGCAAUGCCGCCUACAUGGAGAACACAUUCUCGAUUCCGAAGUUGAAGCAUGCACCUUCGGGCGGACGCAUGGCCAUCAACUGUGAGUAUGGUGCUUUCGAUAACGAUCACAAGGUUCUGCCUAGAACACAGUACGACAAGCAAAUCGAUGCCCAGUCACCUAGGCCCGGCGAGCAGGCUUUCGAGAAGAUGAGCGCUGGCCUUUAUCUAGGAGAAAUUUACCGACUCGUUCUGCUAGAUCUGCAUGAGCAGGGUGUAAUCUUGCAGAAUCAGGACAUAUCAAAAUUGCAGGCACCGUAUAUUCUAGAUACCGGUUUUCUCUCGGGACUAGAGAACGACGAGUCUCCAGGCCAGAAGGACUCUUUGAAGCAGUUCAAGGACAUACUCGGCGUCGAGCCAUCAAAGGAGGAGCUAGCUGCGCUUCAGCAUCUCGCACAGACGGUAACUGUCCGUGGCGCACGGCUGUGCGCUUGCGGAGUAGGGGCGAUCUGCAUGAAGACGGGCAUCAAGAAGGGCCAUAUUGCUGCCGACGGGUCCGUUGCGAACAAGCAUCCCAAAUUCAAGGACCGAUGGUCGGAGGCUCUGGGUGAGAUUCUCGAUUGGCAAGAUGGCGAAACUCCCAUCACCAUGACUUCGGCAGAGGACGGGUCUGGGGUUGGGGCCGCGGUGAUUGCAGCAUUGGCGCUCGAGCAUCGGUGGGGAGACUGA